AUGCCGGCGGAACACAAAAAUAUUUAUAACACUGAUUCUAAUGUCAUCGUUGCUGUGCUCUUGACGUACCUGAUGGCCGCCGUGACAGCCGCCCCUCAGUUCACUCGACCCAACCUUCCGGAUCGACCUUUCGUCGCCAUCCUAAGGGACGAGCGACAGGAUCUGGGCGACGGAGCCUUCAGCUACGUCUUCGAAGCCGCCAACGGAAUCAGCGAGUCCCGCGUGGGCUAUCCUGGAUCCAAGGGCCAGGCCAACAUGCAGGGAUCCUACAGGUUCCCCCUCGACGACGGCACCUUCGCUGAGGUUCGCUACGUCGCCGACGAGUUCGGAUUCCGCGCCGAAUCCCCCCUCCUUCCCACCCCCCACCCCCUCCCCGCCCACGCCGUCGAGCAGAUUCGCGUCGCCGAGGAGCAGCGACGUCGUGGAAUUCAAUUCUAA